GGCAUUGGCAAAACCCUAAUCGAGCGACUUCCUCACCCCCGCCACCAUUCCCUCUCCUUUUUUCAUCAGCCAGACGAUUCCUCUAUUUGUCUCAUCAAUCGGUGACAAGCCGGCAAGACGGGGAAAGCGCAGACAAGUAUAACCUCCUCCUCCUCCUUGGCCGAUUGGUUGGUUUGGGUUCAUUAGGAUGUCCGAUGAUUCGAGCAGCUCACCGGAGGGUAAGAAGCCGCGGCGGCGGUGGUGGGAAUUCGGAAUCGUUGGUACUUCAGCAAAGGAGCUGCGUGUGGUUCUGAUGGGUACGCCUGACAGGUCCGGGAAGAUCCGCACAACCACCGUCAACGUGACAGCUGGUAGCAGUUCCUUUUACGAGGGGGAAAAAUUCCCUUGUUCUAUGGGUUAUGCAGUGGUAGGAACGAAGCUAUAUGCUUUUGGUGGUGAAGCUGGUAGGCGCCCAUCUACAGGUGGUGUUCUUGAGUAUCCGCGAGAUUUAUAUGUGUGCGAUCUGACAAUGAAUCCCGAAAACUUUAAAUCGCUCGUAUUUGAAGUACAUCCAAACAAGCUGAAGGGGCCGAAGCAACUGUGCAUUAAUGUGGCCUACAAAGAGAAGAUUAUCAUGCUGGAGCGGACUUAUUGUCCCCUCAAUCGUCCUGACAGAGAGGAUCAGUGUCCUGCUUCUUGCGAGGUUUUGAAUCUCAAAGAUCUCAGUGUUGUGACUGUUGAAACCCCUUUUUGGACCUGGAAAGACGAGGAUGGUGAGCCUUUCCGUCCUACUUUCUUAGGUCAUGUUGUUUCGGGGAAUGUAUUGUAUGUUCUUGUGGGGAAUAAUUGUGGUGGAACCGUUUUGUAUGGUCUUGACAUGGACAAGCUACAGUGGCACCCCUACUUUUAUGAUUCACCCUUAAUGUGGGUGAUGUACAGGGAGAGUAUCUAUCGUAAUUCGCUCUGCUCAAGAGCUAUCCAUGGUGGUAAAUAUUUUGUUGUGAAAGAGAGAAGACCCGACUGUAAUCCUAGCCUUGUUGUGAAGAACCUCAUGGGCAUGCAACAGGAGCUGGAUACUGUAUCUGAGCUUGUUGGUACUGCACAAAACGAUAAAUUCUUCGAGAAUGCUGUGGUUGUUCCUUUUGGAUACGACGAGGAUGAUGAUGCAAACUCUGGUGUGUAUUGCAUGUUUGUGUGGUAUAGAUCUCGUAGUGAUCCAGAAUUUGAUUUCUUCAAGGCUUGCAAGUUCAAAUUGAUCGACAAUGGUGACUGCAGCAGUGCUACUGGUGGCUCAAGCCCCCCCUAUGACUUUGUAAUCUUAUCCAAGGUUGAAGUCUUAGAUGAUUUUCCAGAUGAUUUCUAUGGCUAUGGUUACACAGCAUUCACUCCAACGUCUUACAUAGCGAUGGAUACCUAUGGCGAUUCUUAUUAUGGAUGCGAUUCUUAUUAUGGAUGGUAAAGAUGAGAGAUCAUCGAUAUCGGUAAGCAGGUUAUCCACUGCAAAAAAUUUCUCCUUUCGUGCAUAGCAAGCUUUGUGUUGUUGUUAUGAUUAGUACUAUCUUAUGUGCUACUGUUGAUUGUUUUUCCGAUUUAUUUCUUCCUACGAAUGUGUCUUUCACUUCUAGUCCCAGAGACUCAAGCGUCCAGAUUCCCUUUGUUUAUUGUGAGGUCCAGAUUCUUUAAUCCAAUGUUAUUCUUUCACUUUUCAAUUGGAAUGCCAUUCAUUGUUUGAGUUCAAUAUAAAUAUACUGUUUCAGUUGUUAAUUUCACUCAAACUAUUUCUUCCUACGAAUGUGUCUUUCACUUCUAGUCCCAGAGACUCAAGCGUCCAGAUUCCCUUUGUUUAUUGUGAGGUCCAGAUUCUUUAAUCCAAUGUUAUUCUUUCUCUUUUCAAUUGGAAUGCCAUUCAUUGUUUGAGUUCAAUAUAAAUAUACUGUUUCAGUUGUUAAUUUCACUCAAAAACGAUAUCAGCAAGAGAAAGUUCAUCCAGCAGGAAAGUAAUCCCCCCUUUGUGCUGCUACUCUGUCCUUACUGAAGACCUUAGUUGUUGUUCCCUCUGCAAUGAUAAUUCAUCCGUUUGGAAAUACAAUAUGGGUUUGUCUUUUAUAUGAUCUUUUACUUUUUUUGAAUUUAGGUUAUAAAAUAUGGUCGGUGAUCGAUUUAUCUCCUGAACUAAGUAAAGAUUUGGAAGCAUUUUGCAACAAUUAGAAUGGACGAGGGUCAGUGCACAAGUACACUGCAAGAAGCGUUUUGAUGGCAAGCCUGGAGGUUUGCGUUCAUAGGAAGGUUGGAGAAAGCUCAAACAUUACACCAGAUGGAUAUGAGCAACAUGAGGAUGUAAAGUUGGUCAAACAUCUUCAGAUAUUUUCCUUUCAGUAACAAUAUUCAUGUGCAGAUUCUCCACUCUACUUCAGGACCAUGUGCACACAGCAUGUAUGCGAAUGCGAUCACCAGGGCGGUAGCUUCGAUUGUUGCUUUGGCUGCUGGCACUACUAUUUGGUCAUGGAUUAAUUUUUGCAGGUCAAGGUCAUGUUCAAUAAGGCUAUUACAAUUGAAAGAAACAACAGCCUGAUGCUCACAUUUUUUCUGCUUUCGGUUUGUUGAGAUGUAUUCACCAAAAGGUUCAUGCUGAACUAAAAUCCAAUUGACUUGCCUCAGAGGCGGGAAGAUCAAUGGUAUACGGAAGAGUAUGGUAGCCGCAGCAUCGGCAAGCAACACCAGGUCACGUCGACAUGCAGCCCCUAUUGCACGUAAGAAAUGCAAAUGCAUCCAGUUUUCUGGGAAGCCGCAUUUCCAAGAUGUUGUGAAAAAAUAAAACAAAUAUGAGAUCCAAGGUUCAUUAGCAAAUUGAUAAUGUCCGAUUGUCCGUAGCCCAAGAGCAUCUGACAUUUGAGUAAGGCGUGUUUUCAUCUGGGAAAUGAAUAGUUUGCAAUGUAUAAUGAUGACGCACUAGGAUGCCAGUUGCAUAAUCUUCGGACGCUCAGAGGACUUCCACGAGCUGCACUGCAGCAUGGAGUGUAACAGGAGUCCAUGAUGAAGGUGCUUCUAAAAGUCCAAGAAGCAUUAUUUGUGCUGAACUGAGAGUCUCAAUAGCAUAAUAUCCAAUCCAAGCAAGAGUAACGCAUUAUGUAAUCAAUGUGAAGGUGCAGGAACAAGUAAGUUUCCUGAAACUAAAUGAACAAUGUGAUCACUAAAUUCACCACCUGUGAAACAACCCAGCAACCAAGUGCUCAUCCAAAGCUGAAGUUGGAGGAGGGAGUAAGAGAGCAGGGACAGAAGCUGCAGGACAGGUAAUGUUACAGUCUCGUAUUGAGCAACUUCCUCACCACACUUACUAUGACACCAGCACCAUUUGCAACAUCCCAUCUUGGAGUUGAUGGCAUUUAGCUGAGGGAGUUUUCCAGAUCCACGAGAAGAAGCUGAAGGGGAGAGAAAAAAAGAUCAACAAUUGUCUGAUCUUUCCUCAUUAAUAGAACAGUCUAGGAGAAGUACAUGAAUAUAGAGCGCGUACCCAGAACUUCACCAGAAAAAUGCAUUUUCUGCUGAUGAAUAACGACUGUGUAUCAACUGUCAAAACUUUUCAGAGCAUAGGUAAUUCAGGUAAAAUCAAAACUUUUACUAUGUGAUUUUCAUUUAGUCUCCUUUUAUGCUUGCUUUCCCGCCCCGAUUCGUCGGCUCUAUCGCUCCUCUCCACUUCUUCAUCUUUUUCUAUUCACUUCUGGUUAUCCUAACUAGUUUUUUUCUCCUUUUGGUUAAGUGCAUAGGCGAACAUCUUUUCGCCGUCGUUCGUUUCUGCGGUCGUGCAAACAAUCGUCGGUGAGGUUUCUUUACACUACUGCUUUUGUUUUCCGAAUGCAACGUUGGAAUAAGCCACAUGCAGGCCUGUCUUUCUUGUGUGGUGUGUUUGUUUGGUGUUGGUAUGAUCCAUUGGUAGUCUUAAAUUCGUAUAGUGCUAGUGGUAGUUGUGUUACUGGUACCCAUAACAUUGAUAUGCUAAUAGUGGUGGUUUAAUGGAAUGGUAUAACUUGUUCUAGAUGUAGUGAUAGUAAUACCAAUUGAUUUGUACCGGUAACAAUGAAUUGAUAAAAGUACACACUUAUUGGUACAAGUACCACUUAUGGGGGCUUCAGGUACCGUUGUAUUCGUUUCGGUAUGAUUGAAUGGUAGUUUUCUAUUGGUAUCCGUUGUAAUGGUAAUUGUGUUACUGGUACCAAUGACAGUGGUAUGCUAAUAGUGGUAGUUUAAUGGAAUGACACAACUUGUUCUAUCUGUAGUGGGACUGGUACCAAUUGAUUUGUAGUAGUACCACUGAAGAGUAACCAUUACAUACUGAUUGGUACCAAUAACAUUCUAGAUUGUUAGUAGUAGUAUUGUACAGUAACAUUCUACAUUGCUAGUAGUAGUAGUAGCAGUACUUGUGUAGUGAUAUCAUAUUAGAAGUGUGGAUCUCUGUGACAAGAUAACCCUCUUGAAGUUUUGAGUAAAAAUUCGUACCAAGCAUUUUUUGUUGUUGUUGCAGGAAUGGCAGAACAAAGAUCUCAGCUAUAUCAUCCGGGAUAACACACAACCUGAUGGUUGUGCAUCUCGACAGGUAGCAAUACGCUUGGGGGACUCAAGUGAUUCGAGUGUUGGGCCUAGUAAAAAACGACCACGUGAUGAGGAAACAAAGAGUCGCAACAAGAAGAAGAAGCAACAGACUGUAGCGUCAAGUCAAAGCACCUUCAAGAAGAAGUGCAGUCCUACUUCAAUCAUCGAGAUUAUGGAGGCCGGUAUUUCGGAUGAGAAGAAGGUUGGGCUAGGUUGGGCUAGGUUGUGUGUUGGAUUUAAAGAGUAGCAUAAUUACUUCAUGUACGUUUCCAAGUAUGAAGAAGUUGAUGGGUAUUUCUUGUCUUUAAUUUGAUCUUGGGUAAAGUACUGUUGCUUACAUUGGAACAAUUGGUUUGGUGUUUGAUUGUGAAAAUUCAGUACCUUCUCCACUGCCUAUAGAAAUAUCUCUUCACUAGUACCAAAUCAAUGAUACUAUUAACAAAUCAAUAGUAUUGAUGCCAAAUUCAUGCCACUGAUAACCAUUAAUAAGACUGGUACCAAAUCAGUAGUACUCGUACCAUUAAUAAAACUGGUACCAAUUAAUGCUACGUGUAACCAUUACUAAGACUGGUACUUGAUCAGUGGUACUAGUUACAUUAAUAAGAAUGGUACCAAAUU